UUCCCCAUGGUGCAUUCAGUCUGAAGACAGAAGACAUCCAGCUCAGCUGAGGAAAGGCCCCAGCAAUGUGGCGUUCAUGCUUUCUCGUGGCAGUGCUGACUGGGAGUGUAUUCCCAGUGUCAGGGUUCAGUAAUGGGAAGGUGACUGUUGCCUGUGGAGACAUGAUGCCUCGGCAUGGGGAUGGCCCUAGCCCUGCCCCCCCUCCAUUCAGCAUCACUGUGGAUACAGCCUCAUUCACCCCUGGUGACAACAUCACAGUGACUUUACAAGAGGCCUCUUCCGCCCCCACGUACUUCAAGGGGUUUCUGAUAGAAGCUCGGAAUGCUGGGAAACCGAACUCCCCCGCUGUGGGUUCCUUCCUCCUGACUGACCCACAGGAGUCCCAGCUGCUGCAGUGUGGACAAACUCAGGGAUCUGGGGUGAGCCACAGGAGAGACUCAAGAAAGACUCGCAUUCAGGCCGUGUGGGAACCUCCAAACAACCCUCCACAGAGAGUCCAGUUUCUUGCGACGGUGCUGCGUGAGUAUAAGGUGUUCUGGGUGAGGAUGGAAGGUCCUGUGGUGUCUCUUCAUGGAGCGACUGCUGCUCCAUCCACUCCAUCCACUCCUGCUCCUCCUCCAACCAGCAGCCCCUCCCCUCUGUCUGAGCCGUUCAGUUCAGCGGGAUGUGGCCUCAGUAAAUCUUGCCUCAGAGAUCCAGUGGGCUGUCACCCAGAGUCAGAUCCCGCCUGUUUCUUCCUGUCGUUCGUUACUGAUCAACAAGGAGGGAGUGUGACGUUUGAGUUGAGCGGGCCAGCUGAAGGAUACUUGGCCUUUGCCCUCUCUCUGGACAAAUGGAUGGGGAAUGAUGACGUCUACAUGUGUGUGAGUGAUGGAGGCAGCGUCACCAUCAGUGCUGCAUACGUCUCUGGGCGAACAUACCCUGAGCCGGCGAUACAGCAGGAUCUGUGGGGCCGGGCAUGGAGGUUGGCUGAUGGGUUAAUCCAAUGUCGUUUCCAAAGAAAAAUCAUUCUCCCUCACACCGACGGCAGGUUCAACUUAAGCCAGAGCUACUUCCUGUUUCUUGCAAAUGGUAGAUCUCAGCAGGGUUUUAUCCACAGGCAUGAUCGCCAACCUCUGAUCUCCUCGAACCAGAAGGAGAUCACGGGGCCUCCUGAGGAUCUCGGUGGCUCCCGCUCCCCUCUGCUCAUCAAGAUCCACGGUGUUUUAAUGCUGACUGUCUGGAUGUGGAUGGUGAGCACAGCCAUCUUCAUUGCUCGCCACUACAAAAACGUCUGGCCUGAGAAAACUGUGCUGGGACAAAAGCUUUGGUUUCAGCUUCAUCGAACCAUGAUGGUGUUGGCUGUGCUUCUCACUGCUGUGGCCUUCACCCUGCCUUUUAUUUACAGAAUGGGAUGGAGCAAGCACGCCGGCUCUCACCCGUACAUCGGCUGCACCGUCAUGGUUCUGUCACUCAUCCAGCUCAUUAUGGGAGCUCUCCGACCGGCCCCCGACUCCCCCAGGAGGAUUAUCUUCAACUGGAUGCACCUUGUGACAGGCACCGCUGGCCAGGUACUCGCUGUGGCGUGUGUGUUCCUGGGGGUCUCUCAGCAGGCGCUGCUGUUACCCAGCCCCUCUUCUCCUGCAGUGCUGGCUGCAUGGCUGCUGUGGACCCUGCUGGCUCACCUGCUGCUACAGAUCCAUUCCUGCACCCUCAGGAGAGAAGGGAGCGACAGAGAGAACAUUUGUUCUGCUCAGUCAUGGAGGCAGCAGCCUGAAGAGAAAUCCAAUGUCAAGAAGAUGGUGUUUGUGGUGUUCCUAUUGGGAAAUACAGCGUUCCUGGCUGCCUUUAUAACAACUAUUGCAAGUGUGUAAUGAUCACAAAUGAUUAUCUAUAUCAUUAUGUCUGGUAAUUGUUUUACACUAUACAUUUCUGCUAUUUAAUACUUUUUGUUGCUAUUACUUGGUGUAAGAUAGUUUAUUAAAGGUCAUUGAUAGCUAAGGAUGUUUUAAAUAGUACCUACAUGUUCAGUUAUGCAAAUGUUAAAACCUGUUUGACUCCUAAGACUUUACUGAGUACAUUUAUACUUCGCAGAGAAUGAACAAUUUCCAUUUUCAGAUAAUUAAGCGACUUUCCUUGUGCCACCAACCCUCACGCUGAUAUGUUAUCUUAGCACACAAGUCAUCUCAUCAACACCCGACAAAUGAAGCCGGCCAACAUUCUUCUUUUACAUUGUUUAUUGUUGCACUAGUCUCUUCAAUAAUUGCACGAGGAAUACAAAGUAAAAAGCCCCCGAAUAUUAAGUCAUAAGCCUGAAAAAGCCAUGUCAGGGACUUUCCACAGAAUGUUUAAACAUCAGCAAGCAACCUUGAGAUUUGUAAGCUAUAAUUGAACAAAGAAGCAUACAAACAUGAAAUGUAAAACAAUGCUGUUUAAGGUCAGUCCAAUCUAAGGAAAAGGAGUAACAAGCUCUAAGAAGCUGAACAUAACAAGGCUUUGUAAAUAAUGAUAUCAACUUUACAAUUAUCAUUAAAUACAUUUUUAUAUUUA